ACAUGGUUUUCUAUUAAAAUAUUUCAAAUAACAAGCCAGGAUUGCUAAUUGCUUAUAGUCUUAGUUGAGCUUUCAUACAUGGAAAGUAUCUAAUGGUUUAAUUUUUUAACGACAAUGGCUGCCAGAUGUGUCAGUUCUUCCUCAAUUGGUCACGUGAUCUGACCAGGUAACCCAAUGCAGCUCCCAAAUCAUGCAAUUCUGAGAUUUCGUCUCACCAGGUUAGUAACAUCAAUAGUCGACUUGACAUGCCCGAACUGCGAGCAUUUUUAAGAGAAUGAACAAUGGUACGUGUAUGACAGCAUAGUCUAUGUCUCGAAUGCCUUCCAAACGCUGGCAGAGAAGAAUCUUAUAAGUUAGCAACAACGCCACCACACAAGCGCUCCAUAACGUUCUCAUAGCCGCUAAACGCCUGUCGCCUACCAGAUAGAGUCUUAUGAAUACAAUGGCCGAAAAGUAAGCCACACAUCCGUCGCACGCAAACAAGGGAAUAAAUACUGUCCACCAUGACAUUGUUCCGCCUUCCAGUUUCACGGCUACCAACACUGAAAACACAAAAAUUGUCACAAUGUGAAUCCAUAGUUCGAAGAUCGAUAGUCCUAACCAUUUGAUGACUUCCUUGAGCGUAAAAAUCAUUAUAUGUAAAACGUUUCACGUCGAAGGGCAAAGCCACAAACUUGUGCUUGUUGUCAUGUACCAACUCUCUUCCACGAUUCCGCCGCCAUUUUCACUGUCGUUUUGAACGCUCCGCGCCAGGACUUCUGGUUAGUCACCCUUACUCAGGGGGAGCGGAGGGGGAUGUAAGUUUUAAAUGGAAUUCACUAUGAUAAAAAUGUUGAAUGAUAGUUUCACAUGUAAUUUCCCCGACUAAUAUUAUUAUUCAAAUCUGUAAGACCUGUCGCUUUUCACGAAAUACUUUUGUUAUCUAUCUCCAGCUUUGGUGCUAGCGUGACCACAGUACCCCCUCCCUAUAGACAAGAGUUGCUCCACGGGAUAGAGGUUGGCGCUAAUCUUUGAACAUGAAAAUUUUCAAAAUGGCGACAAAGUCGCACAAAGAUUGGAUUUCACCUCACAAAGUGUCUCUCUUGAUCCUUAUCAAGUACCUGAGCUCCACGGAUGACGAGCAUGAAGAAUUUACAGAUUGUAUCAAAAGAUGCAGACAAAAAUUAUCUUUGCUUUUGUUGGAAUUCUUUGAGACCCCAGAUUUAGAAUUAACAGAGCUUUGCAGGCAGCUUAACACUGUGGAUGAUAACUUGAAUGACCUGCUUGUGAAAAGUUUACACAGCUUUGUGGAGAAUGGAGUAUCUGGGAUUUCUGAAUUAUUUCAGUCACUAGAAAACCUGUUAAUAGGACAAGAACCUGCUUUACACAAAAAAAGCUUGUUUGGUCUGUUUACAAGACGGAUGGCCUUAUCAUUUUAUAAGAUGAGUUUCAGUCAAGUGAGUCACUUUGUGGAUAUGCUGAAGACUUAUUUGGGUAGCAGUGAAAAUGAUAAUAACAAAGAAGAAAUGGAAACUAGCUUGGAUGUCACCAUGCAAAGUGUGGAGAAUGAAGACGAGGGAAAUAAGAAUGACAUGUCAAGGACAGGAAAACCAUUCCUGCAAGGUUCUGUGUCAAACAGACAAGCUGAGUUCUUCCUGGCAAAACAGGUUUCUCUGAUCCAGUCUGCUGAGGGAGAAGCCCUGUCACCACCUGAAUUACAGUCAAGAAUAACAGAUAUUUUAACAGCUUCUCCAAAUAUUGCAGAGGCUCAUUACACAAGCUUUCUUAACUGUUUGAGAACAAAGGAAUUUAAGGAGGCAUUGGACAGUCUAUAUCAUUACUUUGAUCGAAAACAAUGGCAAGGGGAAUCUGCUAUUAAGAUAGCGUCGGAUUCGGAAGAUGUUGAAGCUGAAAGGUGUCACAGAUUUAGAUAUGCUGCCCUGAACCUGGCUGCUCUUCACUGCCGAUUUGGUCACAGACAAGAGGCAUUAGCUGCAUUAAAGGAAGCCAUUCAGAUAGCACAAGAAACAAAUGACCAUGUUUGUUUGGAGCAUUGUUUGGGAUGGCUUUAUAGGUUGGACCAGGAUGGCAGUUCUCAAGCAAAGCUUCUGCUCCACAGAUUUGUUGCCAGAGCUGCUGAGUUGAAGAUCCCUUAUUUAACAUCUCUUGGAAUGCUGAAUCACUGUCAGUAUGAUGCCUUGGCAGGUGCCCCUCCUCCCAAAGUUUUGCAGAACCUUUGUCAAGUCAACAUCAUUAUCAAUUCUCAAAAUUCUCUUGGUGACCUCAAUGCUGCAGCACAUGUCCAACAAGCUGCCAUAUGGCAGAUCUACGGUAAAGAUUGUCUGGCAGGUAUCUUCACACAAUUUCCACUGCAUCAAAACACUUUGCCAAGUUCCGAGUCUAUGUCGUCAAUUAGUAAAAGUACAGGGAUACAAAGUGCAGAAGCCACAUGCCUCUCAUUAUGCAUUCUUGCCGAGCAACAUGCCGACAGAGGACUGUUUCAAGAGGCAUCAGACGUCCUAUCAUUUUGCAGAACAAAGUUUCAUGAACAUUCCAAGCUGUCUUGGCUUUGGAUGGCGUCUGAAGCCAAAAUGGAGCACAACAGAGCUUUACUACGGGGGGACAUGGAACAAGCAAAAACUUGUGUAGAGCAGCUAGCAGCAGUGGAUGAACCUGAAGCGCAGUACAGAUCUGCUUUAAAUGUGCUUUAUUCAGGAGAUUAUACUGUAGCAUUCCCUAUGUUACAGAAGCUAUUGGAAAGUUCCAGAGACAAAGUGUUCAUAAAUGAUACCAAGAAAUCAGCUGCUGAGUACCAAGCGAGAAUUCUUCUGGCGCUGACGCAGUUGUUUAUAUUACUGGAGGACCCUGUUUCUGCCUUACCAUAUGCCUUGAACUGCUUAACUAUAUCCUGUUCACACUUCAUGGACAAUUCCGCUGCCUUAGCCUCACUCUACAUCGCACAAAUCCAGCUUUCAUUAGGUUUACCAGCUAAAGCGGUUGCAUUGAUAAAAAGAACCAUGAUCCAGAUUCUGUCACAUGUUUUUUACUCAGGUUCUCUGUAUAUACAAUGCUGCGCUCGGUUUUUAUUGGUCAAGUGCCAACUGACUGCUUCAUCGCAUCACCAAGAUAAAGGACAACGGGAAAAUGAUUUGCGUUCUGCUUUGCCAACCCUGGACAGAAUCGUGAGAGGGUUUAGAAAGUUAGGCGCUGUCAACAAAACAAGAGAUGUCUUGUAUUUUCAGGCAAGGAUAUAUGACGAGUUAGGUUUCACUAUCGAAAGGAACGCGUGUGCUGCAGAGUGCUGUGAAAUCCUGCAAAGACAACCCAUGAACUGUACUCGGUCUUCUCUUUUUGUUUUGUAAUACAACUGAAGCUCCUCUAGGAAACUAAACAUGAAGGCUAGAAAGUGCCGGACUACACCUACGUGCAUUUCGGUGUAAGGUGGCAUCUGUGUUCCAAGUUAGCCUGCGGUGACACAAGGUUUCGUCAGCUAUGGGUGGCAUUCUGCGAGACAGGAGCGAUUUCUGAACAGUUGUAGGCCACACUAUUGCAGCUUCAACUCUAGAGUUUUCAACAAGUGAACAAUAUGCGUUGAUAUUCACAGAUACAUCCAAGCACUGGGCUUAAAACAACUUGAGAACCAUCGGAGUUUAUAAUGCUUCUGGUGCAGCAUGGAAAGGAUUCCAAGCAAGACUCGCAAGAACCCAGUUCGCUAUAGAUACAAAAAACAGAUCACUUGUGUUCUCAUGUAACUGACAAUACGUAUUUCCCAGUAUAUUUCAGCAUGAAAGUAGUGUGACUAACUGAAUUUUUCUUUCGGCCAAAACGAAAUGACGUGAUAACCAAGUGCAUGUAUUAA